GACAUAGUGAUCAAAUUUUCCUACGUCGGACGUAGUAAAUUUACACAAAACUAUUAAAUUACAUAGUCAUAUAAAGUAAAAUUAUUAAAAAUAGUAAAACUACUUUGAAACUUAGUAAAUUUACUACGUCCAGCCUAUAAUAUUGCUGUGUAAAAUUACAUUCAGUAUGUUUUAAUACACCAGAAUUUUUUACAGUGUAUGUAACAAAGUUCAUUUCCCAUUUUCCAAGCGGAGUUUCCUCACAAAUGGCGGCAUUUUCAUUAGUUCAUGAUUGAAAAGUCAACGUGUCAGUGAAAUGUUGGUUUAGAACGUUUAGGAAAAAAGUAAAUGUUCUAUUUUAUUAAAAAAAAGAGAGGCUAGUAUUUAAAGCAGAUGGAGGGAUUUUGCAUAAUAAAUACACCUGUCAACGUUUCAUUGGAAGGCGCUCCGUAUUAAUAGUAAUGUAGUAUUUUUCAUCCUAACCUUAUCACAAAUAUCCUAAUAUAUAUAUGGAAUGUUUAUAAUUUGAAGAGAAAUUUCUUUCGAAAGAAAUUGUAUUUUGACAAGAUGUUAUCUAAAGAAACAUUCAUGAAAAUGUCUAAUUUACGUUUUUGUUGUUUAACUUUAUUGUUAUUUUUGACAACAUUUAUCAUUCCAAGUGCAAAGUGUUACGAUGUGAUUUAUGCAAUUAACGCUGGAGGAGAUUCUCAUGUAGAUAGUUUUGGCAUUCGUUAUGCCAAAGAUCCACUUUCGGGAAAAAUUGGCACCAGCUCUGAUUAUGGAAAACAACUUCUUAUUGGAAGAAUUAAUCCUGUCGACCAAAUCCUUUAUCAAACUGAACGUUAUCAUCAUAGUACGUUUGGCUACGAUAUUCCAGUGAGCGAUGAUGGGGACUAUGUUAUGAUCCUUAAAUUCUGCGAAGUUUAUUUCAAUUCCGCUAAUAUGAAGGUUUUCGACAUUAUAUUAAAUGGCGAUCAUACAGUGGUGUCGGAUUUGGAUAUUUUUGAUAAAGUCGGCCGUGGAAUUGCACAUGAUGAAUAUGUACCAUUUACAAUACAAAAUGGUAAAUUUUAUUACAAUGACGACGAGUCCGAAAUAGUUGGUGGUAAAAUUCGUGUUGAAUUUAUAAAGGGCUACCGUGAUAAUCCAAAGAUAAACGCUAUUGCUGUUAUUAAAGGAAGCCUCGAUGACGUUCCACAAUUAGGACCAAUUCCUCAAGAUUCUGAGGAAGAGGAAGAUUCACAGGAGGAAGAGGAGGAAGUUGUGAGUCGACCUAGACACACCAGUGGUCCACGAACACCAGAUCCAUAUUCAGAGGAAAGUUCAUCGGUGAUGUUACCUAUUUUAAUUGCUAUAGGAGCGUUCAUACCGAUUCUCUUCUGUCUCUGUAAAUUGUAGAAAAGAAAUCCGAAGCUUUCAGGUACUGUGUACUUAAAAAGUAUAUGAUUAUUAUUCGUUAAGAGAAGAAACGGUGUUCAAUUACGUUAAGCAAACGACUGAAUUUUGAAUUUUCAGUGAAUUCGAUUUAUCACAUUUUUAUAAGUCAAUUAAAAACGCCCUCAAUUCUAAUUCACAUAAUCUUUCUAAUUUAAAUUUUUUCUCUUUUCUUCUUUCUUUUUCUUUUGGUUUUCUAUCGAAUUAUUAUCUAUAGAUACUUAAAAAUAAUUUUUUGACCAUUCUCCGCUUUUUUCACCCUUUUAAUAUUUUAAACGUUUUAAACUCAUUUUUAUUAUUUUAUUCAUUUUCUAAUAUACCACUGACUCGAAUUUUAAUUCUU